AUGGCGGAUCACCCAGUCCACAGCAUUUUCUUCUUCCCUCUCCCUGCCGCCGGCCAUGUCAUCCCCAUGGUCGACGCUGCCUCCGUCUUCGCGUCCCGCGGCGCCACCGCAACCAUCCUUUCACCUGACCCCGCCCCGCAGCUCCUCGCCGACCGCCUCCGAAAAGCCCGCCACUCCGGUCACCAAAUCGACCUUCUCCUCCUUCGUCAAGCCGCUGAUGGAGACGUCUCUGGUCGCCGCCAGCCCCCGUUCCUCGCCUCCCCUGCAUACUCCUUUGACCUCUUCCGCGACCUCGAGAAGCGGUUCGCAGAGCCGUUGGAGAUCGCGCUCCUGCGGCACCGACCGAGCUGCCUCGUGUCCGACAUGUUCCUCCCCUGGACCGCCGACUCCGCGCGGCGGCUCGCGGUGCCACGCCUCGUGUUCCAGUCGAUGGGUUUCUUCCCUCACUGCGUCAUCGACGCCGUGGAGCGCCACGCGGCGGAGCAACGCGAGUUGGGAACGUGGAUCGGAGAACGCCUGGCGGUGCCCGGCCUGCCACAUCGAAUUGAGAUGAAGCGGUCGCAGCUCCACGAUUCGGCGGGGUUGCGCACCGAGUUCAGCGAGUUCUUUGACCGGGUGGCUGAGUCCGGGAGGGCGAGUCACGGCGAAGUGGUGAACAGCUUCUACGAGUUGGAAGCGGAGUACGCGGAGCAUUACCGGAGAGUGAUGGGGAGGCGGGCGUGGCACAUCGGACCAGUCUCGCUUGUACACGACACCGCUGGCAUCGCCGGAGCUAAAGAAGCGGCAGCGAUUCUAACGUGGUUGGACUCGAAGCCUACUGAAACGGUUGUGUAUGUGUGCUUCGGGAGCAUGGGGCGAAUGAGCGAGGCACAGAUGGGGGAAAUUACGGCGGGACUAGCGGCCGCAGGCCACCCGUACAUCUGGGUUACUGGCGGCGAGGGAGAACAGAGGAGCAUCGUUGAGGAACAGAGGAGCGUCGUUGAGGAACAGAGGAGCGGCCUCGGGCUGGUGGUGCGCGGGUGGGCGCCUCAGGCGGCGAUCCUUGGCCAUCGCGCGGUAGGGGGCUUCGUGACGCACUGCGGAUGGAACUCGGUGAUGGAGGCGGUGAGCGCCGGCGUGCCGAUGGCCACGUGGCCGCUUUUCGCGGAGCAAUUCUACAACGAGGCGCUGGUGGUGGAUGUACUGCGCGUCGGUGUGCGCGUAGGCGCGGAGGUGUGGGGGAUGGCGGAAGAGGAGAAGCCGGUGGUAGCGAGAGCAAAUAUCGCCGCGGCGGUGGCGCAGUUGAUGGAGGAGGAGAGGGGCAGCGAGGAGAGGAAGAGGAGGGCGGCGGAGAUGGGGCGGAAGGCGAGGGAAGCCGUGGCCGUCGGCGGUUCAUCCUACAGCGAAGCUAAAGGAGUGAUUCGUGGUUUGGGGGAUGGCGCCGCCAGGGAGUGGACACUCCUCGACCAGCGCCGACGGGAGCCGUCGGCCGCUCCCCUCCUCUCCUCCUCUACUCUCCCUUGCCUCCGGCCGCACCUCCUCUUCUUCCUCCUCACGCCCUUCGCCGGAGCCAACGCCGCCAACUCCCCUCCUUUUCUCGUCACCGGCGCUCCUCUCCUCCUUCGCCUCGCGACGCGGCCACCGAGCAGUUCGCCGCCAUCUACUUUCCCCUCGUCCUCCUCGCGACGCUGUCGCUACAUGAACUCACGCGACGCCGCCGCAUCUUCUUCUUCUCUCUUCUCCCGACGGCGGCGCUACCGCCUUCACGUCUUCUCAUGGGUAGCCCCAGCGAGCAGCUCAUGCGCCGGCAGUUCCCUCUCCCUCUCCAUGCCGGCAACAUCGACGCCACCUCUCCUCCUCUCUUCCCCGUGA